AUGGUCUUCACUACCGUCACCCACCCACACCCGCUCGUAUGGCAGCUUACGUUGUCGCAGCCGCCAGACAACCGCAUGACGCCGGACGCGCUGCACGAGAUGAUGCGCCGCCUAGACCAGGUCGAAGCGGACUGGCGGCGCGCGAACGCUGGCAAGCCGCCGGGGGAGUGGCAAGGCGGUGCGCUCAUCGUAACGGGCGGCGGGCCCAAGUUCUUCAGCAACGGCCUCGACCCCGAGACGACCAAGAACCCAGACUUCACUAAAGGCCUCUUCGACCCCUUCAAGAACCGCCUCCUGACAUUCCCGCUCGUGACGAUCGCAGCCAUCAACGGACACUGCUUCGCGGGCGGCUUCAUGAUGGCCCUCUGCUGCGACAUCCGGAUCAUGACGGGCGGCCGCGGCCUGCUGAGCUUAAACGAGAACGUCAUCGGCAUCCCCCUCACGGCGGCCGGCACCGAGCUGGUCAAGAUGAAGCUCGCGGCGAAUUACUUCACGCCCGUGGCGCUCGGCGACCGCUUCAACCAGAAGCAGGCGCUCGCGGCGGGGAUCAUCCACGAGAUCGUGGACGUGUCGCGCGGCCCAAACGGCCUCCUCGAGCGCGCGCUCGAAAUCGGUGUCGGCGAAGGCCCGAAGGCGUCGUGGGGCGUCUGGGGCGCCAUCAAAGAAAACAUGUAUCGCACCGUCAUCGACGCGUGCGCGAUCCCGCGCGGACCGCGCAGCGUCGAGCUCGACGAGCUCUUCUGGGCACGCAUUGCGCGGCAGGAGCGCGAGCUCGCCGUCAAAGCCAAGUUGUAG